UAGUAAACGCGUUCCGCUGAACAUGUCCGCUUUCUGUGUUUUUUUGACGUAAAUAAUAGCGAAAUUGUUUUGUGCAUUUCAUCGACGUGUUGAAUUUUGGUGAUUGUUAAAUUUUAUCAUGUGUGUAAUUGUGUUGUGAGCUGUUCUUAUGCGGCUGUUGUACAAAACUGGUCCGAUGGAGUCUCUCAGAAAAUGGUUCUACAAACCAAAGAGGGACGACCGAUCGCUGCUAGCGCAGUUUUUCUUCGCCGACGAUGCCUUAAACAUGAUAGCUGCUGAGCUGGAUUCGUUUGAUGGUAGAAAAGACCCAGAGAGGUGCUCCACACUCGUCAACCAACUCCGUCAUGCGCAGGACAGAGUACUAAACAUAACCAGUCAAAUAAUGGACCAGGUGCUCGGCGACGAGCGGGUGGCAAGGGGUUUCCGUGUCAAAUUCCCAGAGGACGUUUUGCAGGAUAAUCUCGCUGGACAGCUUUGGUUCGGUGCUGAGUGUCUGGCAGCCGGUUCUUCAAUAAUGAACCGUGAAGAGGAGUCGGCUGCUAUGCGCCCCUUGGCCAAGGCACUCACGCGCAGUCUUGAGACUGUCCGGUCUCUGCUGCGCGAGCAAUGUCUAAGACCACGUGGCCUGGCCUUGCAAGACCACGAUGAUAUGUUGCACGAGAGCCUACGUAUUUUCGACAGAUUGUUUGCCGAGUUUGAGCUAUGCUAUGUCAGUGCAAUGGUUACCGUAAAGACCCCUCACGAGUUUGAAGCUCAGCAGCUCAUUUGUGUGCUAUUCUCUGAGAGCUUGCGUAGGGCGCUCAAACACAAUCUUCUCACUCAGGAGCAGGUGGAUUCAUAUGACCCUGCUUUAAUGUUUGCCGUGCCUCGACUAGCUAUUGUAAGCGGUCUACUCAUCUACUCUAGUGGACCGCUAUCUAUUGACAAGUCUCCAGAGGAGAUGUCAGACAUGUUCCGUCCAUUCCGCACUCUACUGCACAAGAUCCGAUCAUUGCUGUGGACUCUCGACCGUCGCGAGCUGAUGGUCUUGGAGAGACUGCUGUGCACUAACGAAGAUGUCUCCUGUCUAGCAGGCUUGGAACUGCCGCCAGUAGAAGAUUCGUCGGGUGAUUCGUGCUAUCCUGACAUCGGUGAAUUCGUUUCAAAGUUCUACGCGGAUCAUGCGCAUUGCCGAGAUCUAUAUACACAGCAAAGUUCCAGCGAACCAACAAUAACCGACGCGGAUUACCUUCCCGACAAUAUUGAGGUUAUGACACCAAUCAUAGAUGGACUGAGACGACUAGAUGAGGUCACAGACGAAACGGAAGACACAGACAGACAGACAGACACAGCGAGCAUAGACACCUACCAAACUAGCGACACAGAGAGAUCCAGAAAAAUUAGCAGAGACACCGAUCUAUCCUCAAUACGAAACCUCUCCACCAAUGGCCUUAUGACUUUCGACCCACUUCUAAUAAACGCAGUAUCAACAGACAACAGACAAAUACCGGAUCAAGAACUAGUAACAUCACUAAACGAGCAAGUCACCGAAAUCGCAGAUCGAUUAUCGUCAAUCGUUAGUGAUGUGGACAUUCUGGAUCAGAUGCAUUCGUUCUCAACGAAUGACGUCACGUUGACAGAUGAUUCGGAGGCCUUCGGCUUUUCUGGACCUCGGAAUGAACAAUUAAGCUGUAUGCCCAGCACUAGUCAUGGAUAUUUGAUACCAAACGCGAUAAGCCAAGAGCCUGUCGUCUUGGCAUCAUUGUCGCAUAAUAAUUCCGCUGUUUUCAACCAGGAUGACGAAAAUAUACCAAACGAUUUACUGAAUAUACCAGAUUUGGAAGCGGAAAUUGUAAAUACUAAUAUAAGCAUAGCUAACGUUAAUUUGAGCUCUUUGUUACUGACAAAUGAGGAAUUUAGGAACAUAAUUGAAGAUGAAAGCGAAGAUAAUGCUAGUUUUCAUUCAGCGAAAGAAGACGAUAGGGUUAAAUUUAUUCUAGGAUAUGAGAGUGAUCACGAAUCGCCAGUAGAUUCUGGCGUUAGCACAGAAAACACUAGUUUGGACAGAUCGCCAGAUGCUGACCAGAAUAAAAAGAAUAAUUUUAUAGAAAACAGGGUGAAUGAGGAGUUCAAUGUUAAUAUUAAUUAUAAGGAAAAUGACGAGCAGAAGAAUGAAGCUGGAUCGUCAGAAAUUGUGAUAGAUAGGUUGAAUGGGGAAAGUUCUUGUGUAAAUAAUUGCAAUGAAGAAGACGAGUUUAGGACAAUAGAAGAAGUUAUUACAGAAUUACGAAGACAAAGAAUAUCAGAUAAGAAUCUGAACACGGUGGUAGAAGAGAGUACAGAACCCACGAACUCUUCUAAAAAUAUGAGUAGGAAGAAGAGGAAGAGUGGUGGUAAGAGUAAAAAGAAGAAAUGGUCUCCCAGCAUGGUUACGUUGGACAGUAGACACGCGCAAAAUACACCGCUCAAGUUGAAUUUGGACCAUUUUGUUGAUGAAAGCGGCACAUCAUGCGGCACCUCAGAAUGCGCAGACGACGAACAAAUAGCGUUGGCGUUGCAGGCGCAAGAGUUGGCUGCCAGACAUCAAGCUAGAGCUAAGUUUAAAUCUAGUGAAGAUUUAAUCCAUCGUCUGUUCGUCUGUAUCGCUGGCGUAGCUGAUCAGUUGCAGACAAACUUUGCGGCAGACUUACGGAACAUAUUGAAAGCCGUGUUUCUUAUGAACCAGACCAAUGAUGUACCACCAGAAAAGGAGGAACCACCCGGUAUCGAAUACCAGCCAACUGAGGACCAAGUUAUACAAAAUGGAAGCUCAUUUGACAGUGUAUAUUCGGCAGAGGAAGUAUAUGCAGAUAGCAAUUCUGAUUCGCCCUCAGAAAGCCAUAUUGAGAGAAGAAAUACAGUUAAUUCCACUAUUAAUGAGGCAGCUAAUGAGAGUAGACGGAAGUCUGAUGCUGGGAACUUACAAGGAUCUGUCUCUACCGGUGAUCUCACUUUAAGCGGUAGAGAAGAAAGCGUGCUAGUUGAGCGUGCACCGGAGUGGGUUCCAGAUAUUGCGGCGGCUUCUUGUAUGCGUUGCACAGCACAUUUCACCGCCUUUAGACGACGACAUCACUGCCGAAACUGCGGCAAAGUAUUCUGUGCCUCAUGCAGCUCAAACUCAAUACCUCUACCACGAUAUGGGCAAUUGAAGCCGGUACGUGUCUGCGAAGAAUGUUUCCAGGAUAUAGCAAGGAAUUGUAGACGGACAUCGUAUCGGUGAAACUGUUUUUGUUAUACUGUGGUCACGUUUAAAGCCAUACGGGAUGACACCAAUGUGAAAUUGAAUAUAUCAGGAAUAGACAGUGUCUUAUAUGCAUAUCUGUAUUAGAUGAUUUUCCAUCAAAUACUCAGAAUACUUGAGCAAUUAAAAGCAGCUAAAAAUGAUAAAGAAAUCUUGAAAUUUCCGUAAUUUUUUAGAUAAAUUAGAUUUUUUUGCUAGUAUCGAUUCAAAAGUGAUUGGAUAUUUUAAUAUAUCGUUAAUUGAAAAAGUUUUAAAUACAUUAGUGUUUUACGGCUUGAUUGCGCAAAUGGAAGGUACGUAAUAAUUAUGGAUAAUUUUCUUUGUAUUGGUUACUUCCUCUAUUUUUUUAAAUAUUCACAUAGAUAUUUAAAAAAAUUAUCGCCACAUAAACCUGGUACAGAAUGUGCGGGAUAUGUUUGUAUUGUCUUUAUGUUGCAAUACAUAUUAAAUCGCUCAAUUUAAAAAAUUCGUUAAACAUGUAAUAACUAUUUAUGGGUUCAACUUUGAUACUGUCAAAUGUGUUCUAGGACCAAAAAAUAAAUGAGUGAAAAUUAAACGGAGAUCUUUCAGUGGAAAAAAAUAUUUUUACUUAACAGUUAUUUACAAAAUUCAUCUAGAAAAUUUCAGAUAUAGUAAAAAUGUUAUGGUGAUAAUUGAAUUCCAUACCUUCUAGAGUAGCUUCCUCUUGACUUUAAAUCUUCGUCAAUAAGGUAAGAUUCAAUAUUCCUUAUAGUCUAUACUUAACGCUAAGUAUGCUUCUGUUCGUCAAGAGUGUUCGCUAAGUCAAGACUCCAAAUAUGAGGGUUUAGUACAGGCAUAUUAAAACAAUUUUCAUUUUAUUACCGGCAGUACUUAGAGUCUUCCAUUAAAUUAUCUCUGAUUCUAAAUUAAUACAUGUUUUGAAAUUUGAAAGUUAAAGAUUGAUUUAAGAAAGUUGGACGGAAGUAAACGUUUUAUCUUCCAAUUUGAUUUCUUAUUAAUCUUUCUAAAUGACUAUUAACAAUUAAUGAUCGAUUCUGAGCAGUGCCGACAGUGCAUUUCAUAUGCCGCCUGGAGUAUGACUGAUUCGACCUUUUUACAAAUCUAGGACAAAACCACCGUGUUACCAUGGUAACCAAUUUUACUUGAAGAAAAAAAGAUCGUAACACUGAUAACACGGUACUGUGGGUAGGUUUUUGAGUCGCGUCUUAGCGCUAAGUACGACUUCCAUAUCUCAAAUUUUAUUCAUACAGCAGUUAACUGAGUCUGAAAGUUAGUUCAUGUGUUAUAAAAAAGUAUUCGGUCUAAUCAUAUUUUAGUUCUCAUGUCUCUUUUCGUCAAAUUGUGUUUACUUUAUUAUGAAGAGAGAGAGAUUUUUGCAUAAUUUCUUACCUUUGACGAAGAUAAGUUUUUUAAUUUCCCUUUUUUUGACUGAAUAUAAACGAUUCUAGGUAUCUUAAGUUAAGUUAGCUCUCUAAUGUCCAAUGUUUAAUUUAACCAUAGGCUUAUCGAUGUUUAACAAAAUUUUGGUUUAAAAAUAAAACGCUCAAGUGUCUGCUUUUUUGCCAUAAAAUUGUUUAAGUUGAGGAUAAAAAGAUGUACAAUUUGGCACAAUGACUUAUUACGUAUUGGUGUCCCACUCAUUGCCCAGAAAUAAGAAUAGGACCACAAUACAUUUUGAUUUACUGUUUCUGAAUUGGUAUCAAAAAAUGUAAAUUGAACUUUAAUCUAAAUUUUAUGAGCUCCUGUUAAAUUUCAAAAUGUCCGGUUAAUUUUUAUAUUCAGUUUUUGUACGUUAUACAAAAUGACGUUGAAUAGAUCUAUUUUAAGUACGAAUGUUUAUAUUUUUAGCAAUAAUCGUUAAAAAAAUUAUAUUCCAUACAUUUUUAUAACCGAUUAGUGUAGUUAGUGUAAGAUUUAAUGUAAAUUUUGUAAGAUAAUGUACCCCUACAUUCGCUUUUGUAUAAUAAGAGGUACGUGAUAUCAAGAUACUGUUAAAAUGUAAAAUAAAUUUCUUAUAGGUUA